AUGGCAUUUACGUCCUCCAUAUUCUCUCACAUUCCCUUAAACCACCAAAGAAUACUCUCUCCAAAUUCCCAUAAACCAAAACCAACUAGAACCACCGUCACCACCGCCUCGCUUCCGCCUCUCGCGGCUGUCACCGCCGCCGACCUUGAUGGAGCCACCUUGGCCGUCAUUGGGGGCGGUUCGGUGGCGGCAGUGGCUGCUGCUAUAUCACUAACAGACCCGGACCGGCGGCGGCGCCUCCAGGCGGAGGAGGUUGGCGGCGGAGACAAGGAGGUGGUGAGGGAGUACUUCAACAAUUCUGGGUUUCAACGGUGGAGGAAAAUAUAUGGAGAGACUGAUGAUGUUAACAAAGUUCAGAAAGAUAUUAGGCUUGGUCAUUCAAAGACUGUUGAGAAUGUGCUGAAGAUGUUGAAAGACGACGGGUCGUUGGAGGGCGUUAGUGUUUGCGACGCUGGGUGUGGUACUGGAUGUUUGGCCAUACCCUUGGCCAAAGAAGGGGCGGUUGUUUAUGCUACUGAUAUUUCUGCUGCUAUGGUGGCUGAGGCUGAGAAACAGGCAAAAGAGCAGCUUCAAGCAGGAAGCGAAAAUGUGGUGCCUGUGGUGCCAAAAUUUGAAGUGAAGGAUUUGGAGAGUUUAGAUGGGAAGUAUAACACAGUGGUCUGUCUAGAUGUUCUGAUACAUUACCCACAAAGUAAAGCAGAUGGAAUGAUUGCCCACCUCGCAUCAUUGGCUGAGAAGCGACUACUUUUGAGUUUUGCACCGAAGACAUUUUAUUAUGAUCUAUUAAAGAGAGUAGGGGAGUUGUUUCCUGGGCCCUCAAAGGCAACAAGGGCAUAUCUACAUGCAGAGGCAGAUGUAGAGAGGGCAUUGAAGAAGGUUGGGUGGAAAAUAAAUAAGAGAGGCCUGAUCACUACUCAGUUCUACUUUGCAAGGCUCGUCGAAGCUGUUCCUGUGUAA